ACCAUACCACCAGAGACCGGCAAAUAAAGGUCAAAUCAGCUGACACACGGACGAAAACCACGAUCACGAUGGAUCCUCUUUCGAUUUUUGCGAUUAUUUUCAGUUCUAUCCCGAUUUCCAUACUUCUUCUUGUCUGUGGACUUGUAAUAUAUCUAGAGAAGAAAAUGGGACUUGUCUAUCAACGAAUACACAAGGCUGAUCCCGAUUCUAAACGACAUGGUGGUGAACUGGUGGCUGAGACAUUGAAGGCCCAUGGGGUACCAUUCCUGUUCACACUGUGUGGAGGACACAUCUCACCCGUCAAUGUUGCUGCUGAUAAGCUUGGUAUACGCAUCAUUGAUACAAGGCAUGAGGCCUCUGCAGUAUUUGCUGCCGAUGCGGUUGCUCGUCUCUCAGGCAAAAUUGGUGUUGCUAUAGUAACGGCUGGUCCCGGUUUAACCAACACCAUCACUGCGGUCAAGAAUGCUCAGAUGGCAGAGUCGCCAGUUCUGCUGAUGGGCGGAGCUGCUGCCACAAUGCUCAAAGGUCGUGGGGCAUUGCAAGAUAUAGACCAGAUGUCUCUUUUCAAGCCGCUCUGUAAAUUCUGCGCUAGUGUGAGUUGUGUGCGGGACAUCGUGCCUACGAUACGUAAGGCCAUCUAUGAAGCACAAUCAGACACGCCAGGCCCAGUGUUUGUAGAGCUGCCCAUCGAUGUCCUGUACAGUUAUGACCUUGUCAAGAAGGAACUGGGUACCAGCGGCAGUAAAGCAGGAAUCCUAGCCAGUAUUGUCUCAUUUUAUCUUACUACCUACGUCAACAACAUCUUUGCUGGAGCAUGGGAGCAGAGAGAUGUGGGUCCCUUGCCAGUUCAUCAGCCAAUGGCAUCAGCUGAACAAGUUCAAAAAGCUGUGGAGAUCGUCAGCAAAGCCAAGAAACCUGUCAUCGUUCUGGGAAGUCAAGUCACUCUUCCUCCCACACCAGUUGAAGAGGUCCGGGAAGCUUUGGAGGCGAUGGGUAUCCCAUGUUUUCUGGGCGGGAUGGCCAGAGGCAUGCUGGGUAAGAACAGUCCUUAUCACAUCCGACAACGCAGACGUGAUGCACUGAGAGACGCUGAUGUCGUCAUACUGGCAGGCACUGUGUGCGACUUCCGGUUGUCCUAUGGACGCCAUUUGAGCCGCCGGUCCAAAGUCAUCGCCGUCAAUCGAAACAAGUCUCAACUACUGAAGAACUCAGAUAUGAUCUGGACCCCAACCUUGGCAAUCCAGGGUGAUCCUGGAACAUUUGUCGCUUCUCUGCAGAAGGCUCUAGGAACGUACAAGUGUGACCCAGAGUGGCCACAGACACUCAAAGGACGAGAUGAAGAGAAAGAACAGGCAAAUAUUGUGAAAUCUGAUGCUCCAGUGAACCACUUCCUGAAUCCGCUGAAGGUUCUUCAUAUCAUGGAAGAUUGUCUGGAUGAAGACAGUAUACUUGUUGCUGAUGGUGGGGACUUUGUAGGCAGUGCUGCUUACAUACUCAGACCCCGUGGACCGCUCAAAUGGCUGGACCCUGGAGCUUUUGGAACUCUAGGCGUCGGCGGAGGUUUUGCUCUCGGAGCUAAACUCUGCCGUCCAGACUCCGAGGUGUGGAUCAUCUAUGGUGACGGUACCCUGGGAUACACAGUGGCUGAGUUUGAUACCUUUGAGAGACACGGGGCACCGGUGAUUGCUGUGGUUGGUAACGACGCGUCCUGGAUGCAGAUUGAACGUGGACAAAUCCCGAUCUUUGGAACGUCUGUCGGAUGCCAGCUUGCGUUCCGUGACUAUGAGAAGGUAGCUGAAGGCUACGGAGGCAAAGGAUUCCGACUGAGUGAGGAAACUCCUGAGCAGAUCCAGCAAGUCUUUCAAGAAGCCAAGAAGAUUUGUAAGGAUGGCACACCGGUCCUCAUCAACUGUCUGGUAGGCAAGACGGACUUCCGUGAUGGAUCCAUCUCGGUCUAAACUUGGGGUAUUAUCAUUAUAAUUAGCACUGUUAAUUGGAUAUUGAACUGCGCAUUGUCAAUGUCAUUUAACUGUCCUGUGUUGUAGUCGAGUCCAUCACAGUUCUUUCAUCAGUUACGGGGAUCAACAAAGGAAUGUUUUCAUCUCAGUUCAUUUUGCCCGUCAAUGAUGUAAUUGAGGAGAAAAAGAAUUCAGAGAAAAAUGCCAUGAGCUUGCAUUUGAUGUAGCACUUGGUACUACAAUAAAUCACUAAUUUGUAAAAUGGAAUUCAAAUCGGUUGCAAAACCCAAUAUUAAAUUGACAUCUUCCCCAAAGCAAAGUUCCAUCAUACAAAAUAGUGAAAAGCUUUUGAAUUAAUUUUGGACAGACUUGUGAGAACUUGGAGAUGAAUUUGACUGAAACAUCUUAACAGUCAUAAAUAGACGAUAGUCCAGGGGAAGGACGAAGGGCUAUUCAAUUGUCCAGUAGUUUGGAAGUCCAAUUCCUUGGGCUUGGUUUUACAGCAAAAUUAAGAGACAAGACUUUCAUAUGAAAUGGUUUUUGUUUGUGUAUGUUCAUGUACACAAACAUUCUGAUUACAUAAACCCUAACUCUCCAGGGUGAUUUACUAGGAACCUUCCACAUCCAAACUGUGCACAUAAACAGUUGGACUCUGUUUAUUUGUGGUAUGCCUAAUGGCACUCAUCCUAACAAAUUCCAACAAACCCUGGGGUUGGAAGUUUGCUGGUUAGGGAUCGUUAGUGUUAAAGGAUUUUUGUAGGUGGAUAAUUGAGUGAAUUGCAAUAAUUUAACAAGAGGCUGAGCAGACCAAGGGAAUAUUGCAGGGAAAGUUCAAGAAUUCACGAGGCUGUGUCCCAUACGUAACAAAAGUUCAGCCCUUCAAGAUAGUCAUGGAUUUCAUUGUUUUUUAAUCUACUGUUGGGCAUCUGCAAGAAGACCAACAAAAAGGUUUAUGUUAUUAGUCGUUACGUCGAUUAUGUAAUUAAAGAAAACAUGGUGUGGGACAGAAAGGGACAAAUAUGGGGCAGAAAGAAAACCUUUUCUUGGACUUACCCUGCAAUGAGAAUAUUUCAUUUGAGUGCACUAUUGACUGAUGGAGGGGGCAGUAGUUCCUGGUCAAUAGAUAAAUGCAUCAAUAGAUGAAUGCAUGCAAUCAUCACAUGGAAUGGAAUGUUACAAUUACAUUAGGAAUAAUUUUUGAAUUAAAUAGUUUUGAAUUUUAAUAAUUCAAAACGAAGACUAAGUCACUCAAAAUGGUCAAUAUUUAACUAUUGACUAAUCAAAAUCUUACGGCAGUCAAUAUCUACACACUUUUUUGUAAUCAUUGUUGUCAUCAGUGUUCCGAAUGUUAUCCCGACAUAGCAUUUUGUGCUACCCAGAAAAGACAACGUAGAUAUUUCAGUCUGUACUUCAUGACAACGUUGUUAUCGUAUUUUUUAAUUUGUUGAUAAUGAUUCUAUCAUGAAUAUUCAAUUAGUAUUGGUCAUGAAUAUCUUCAGCCACUUAACCAGUAUUUUAAGAUGUAAAAUAGGAUUAUAUAUAUGUACCAGUGUGGUCCUGUAAAAUAAUUUUCUACUUGUUCUCAGUUGUUUUCUCAGUAAUGUUAAAUAGAGAAGCUUUUAUGUGACAACUGUAGUAGGAAUUGAGAUUCGAGAUUGCGCACAAAAACUGUAGGACCAUUUAUGUCAUGGAAAGGGACACAAGGGGGAAAUAUUUAACAAUGGUUUGAAUUGCAUAAGCCCGAAAGUAAAAAGGCUAGUUUAUUGGCUUACAGACUGAGCUCAGGGUUAUUUAUUGACCAGGUUGCGAGGAAUGCUUCUGUCUGACAACCGUUAAAAACUUUGUGAUUUAAUUAAGGUAUCAAGAUCUUCUGAUUUCAUUUAUAACGGAUUCUUCCAAGAUUUUUCUUUGUAAUAUUAAAAAGGAUUGGUAGUAUUUUUUAUUAGUUUUACUAAACAGGAAAGUUGUGUCCAGAGGUGAGAGAAGCAUUGGAUAUAGGGACGAAAUAAUUGAUGGAAUCCCCAAUAUUGCAAACAGGCACCUUUAGAAAUUUGAACAAUUAAUGACUUGUUCAUCUGUAGCGGUCAUACAUUUUGUACAUAGUUCAAGGCCACAUUGCAUCGAACCUAAGCAUCAAAAUGUGAUACCGGAAAACGCGAUUGCCAAAAACCAAUUAAGAAUAAUUCUUCAGUCUGAAAAAUUCAUACUCAGUGGUAGGGAUGUUUCUCAAACUCAAUUACCUUGUAUCUUUGAGGCCAGUUCAUACUUCAUGCAAAUGCGAAUAUGAUGUGAAUUUCAAUCAUUUUCUGCAAAAUUCACCGAGGUUUAAAUAUAUUAAACUUUUGCGAAUUCCCAGUGUGAAAACUUGCCCUGGCGUCAUAAAUUCACAUUUGUGUUCACUUUCUUACCGAGUUUGAACUGGCCUUUAUCAAGGCUGUUUUAAUUACAGUCUUCAAAACUCUGGUAUUAUCCACUUUGUCAUUUUUUGCACACUGUAUGACCAAUUAGUGUAAAGCCCAUAAAUAGUCUGAGUUAAUUGCUUCCUACGAUUGGGUUGACUGCUUUAGUAUAAAAGCAAUCAUAUUCAAGGCGCUAAAAAAGCACUUUAAUUAUGAGAGUCUCACUCUGUGUAUUUAUCAAACCUACUGAUGCUCGACUGCUCAGUUGCACGAUACUGGAUUCUUAUCAGGUUUGAAUUUUAUAUCAGGUGUAGUGGUGAAGCAACAGGUGGAUUGCUAAUUGAUGGGUUUGGAAAAACACUAAAUUCAGAGGCUAUGAGAAGUAAUGUAUGAUGCGGAAAUGUGAACUUUUUAGCUGCAUUUUUGGCCAUUUUUCUUCUGUUUGUUUGGUGUUUUUUCUCCACGGGGAGGUGCAAGUCUUAAGAGCAGAGAUUUAGGGUGCGAGGCAAUUAAUCAGACUUUGUGUCUUAUAACCUGGCAUCCCUUCACAUGGUAAAGGAAACUGUACUUCUCCCCUUGUGGUCACACCUAUUCUUACGUUUAGCUCCACCCCUUCUAAUUACCAUUGAUUACUUAUUGUGAAGUAAAAUAAAGUAAUUAUUGUUACUUGCAUUGCAAUGCAACUUAAAGUAUUAAUUAAUAAUUCCAGAAUGUUUAAACAUUGAGCAUUGUUAAGAUUGUGUAUAGCGCUGCAAUUCACGUGGCUUUCCCCAUGCCUAGUCUGAAUUUUCUUUCAGAAAGUCAUGCAGUGGUUUAAAUGUGAAGUUAAUUAAAAACAUCAAUGAUUUUGGCAAAA